GCAGAUCCUAACGAAUACGUAGACAAUGAAGUUGGUGAAUCUCCAGAGGAACGACAGGCACUAUUGGAAGAGAUGAAAGCCGAGUACGUAAAUCUUCUCGAUAAGGAGAAGCCAGACCUUAUCUUUGUCCAGAAUGAAACAGACGCUGUUGAUGGGAACACACUUGAAAAUCUUUUACGCAGGCACGGGCCCUUCCCUUUGGAAGAACACAUAGCAGCAAGAAUUUUGAGAAACGUCAGCUCCGCUGUCAUGUUUCUGCACAGCCGCGAGGUGGUCCACGGUGGACUCGACUUCAACUCAGUUGUUGUCGAUUCUCAUUUCAACGCGAAAACGAUUAUAACCCCGUCCAUUUAUCGCGCAAAACGUUCUUCUUUGGGGUGA